CUUCUCCCCAUUUCUUACUCCAUCCUUUCUCCCCGAUUUCUUACACUAUCUCUUCUCCCCCAUUUCUUACUCUAUCUUUUCUCCCCCCAUUUUUUUUCUAUAUCACUUCCUCCUAUUUCUUACUCCAUCUCUUCUCCCCAUCUCUUACUCUGUCUCUUCUCCCCCUAUUUCUUACCUAUUUCUUCUCCCCCAUUUCUUACUCUAUCUCUUCUCCCCCAUUUUUUACUAUAUCCCUUCUCCCUCAAUUCUUACUAUAUCACUUCCCCCUAUUUCUUACUCUAUCUCUUCUCCCCCCAUUUCUUACUCUAUUUUGUCUCCCCCAUUUCUUACUCUAUCUCUUCUCCCCUAUUUCUUAUCUAUCUCUUCUCCCCCAUUUCUUACUCUAUCUCUUCUCCCCCAUAUUCCCUUAUUUUUUACGAUAUCUCUUUUCCCUAUUUCUUACUCAGUCUCUUCCCACCCCAUUUCUUUCUCGAUCUAUUCUCCCUCAUUUCUUAUUCAGUCUCUUUCCCCCCCAUUUCUUACUCUAUCUCUUCUUCCCCAUUUCUUACUAUAUCACUUUCCCUCUAUUUCUUACCCUAUCUCUUUCCCCCUAUAUCUUACUAUAUCUCUUCUCCCCUAUUUCUUACUCUGUCUCUUCUCCCCCAUUUCUUACUCUAUCCCUUCUUCCCCAUUUCUUACUAUAUCACUUUCCCUCUAUUUCUUACCCUAUCUCUUUCCCCCUAUAUCUUACUAUAUCUCUUCUCCCCUAUUUCUUACUCUAUCUCUUCUCCCCCAUUUCUUACUCUAUCCCUUCUUCCCCAUUUCUUACUAUAUCACUUUCCCUCUAUUUCUUACCCUAUCUCUUUCCCCCUAUAUCUUACUAUAUCUCUUCUCCCCUAUUUCUUACUCUAUCUCUUCUCCCCCAUUUCUUACUCUAUCCCUUCUUCCCCAUUUCUUACUAUAUCACUUUCCCUCUAUUUCUUACCCUAUAUCUCUUUCCCCCCUAUAUCUUACUAUAUCUCUUCUCCCCUAUUUCUUACUCUAUCUCUUCUCCCCAUUUCUUACUCUAUCCCUUCUUCCCCAUUUCUUACUAUAUCACUUUCCCUCUAUUUCUUACCCUAUCUCUUUCCCCCUAUAUCUUACUAUAUCUCUUCUCCCCCUGCAAUAUCUUUAUUAAGUAA